GAUUCUUCCCAACUCUGCCUUCAUACAUACUUCUGGGAGUCAUAAGGCUUUAUCUGAAUUCUUUGAUAAUGAAAAAAACUGGGGAGAGUCUGAGGUUAAGGUUGGCCGUGCUUGGAAAUUAGAUGAACUGCGAAUCAAAAGCAAUGAGGAUCUUCAUAAGCUAUGGUAUGUACUGUUGAAGGAGAAAAAUAUGUUGUUGACGAUGGAACAUGCUGCACAGGAAGAAAACAGACUGUUUCCCAAUCCAGAAAGAAUUGAUAAGGUUGAGGAAAGCAUGAAAAACUUGGAGGAUGUUGUGAAGGAAAGAAAUCGGGCUUAUUGGCUAUUGGAAACUGGAGAAACAGGAGAAAGACCCAGUAGUUUGAUUGAAGAUGAAUUAGGUCGCGAAGUACAUAAAAUGUUUGAUGAGCACCCUGUUCCUAUGGAUCACGAAUCAGAGGAUACAAUAAGUAAAUGGCAGGAUGUGCGCAAUUUCCAGAGGCUUAUGAAAGAAAAGGAAUUCUUGGAAAAAAGAAGAGCUUUAAGGCGUGUUCGCAGUCAUGUAUGUAAGCUCCUGCGACGCUUCCCAGAUGUUGACAUGGAAAAACUUCAGCAGCAGUACCCUGAAGUGGAUGUACAGGCUCUGCGCAAACGCAAGGAUUCUCGGGGUCACCAUGAUAAAAAUCUCAGUUGAAAUAGUUCAUUUAUAUUUUGCCUUAAAUUUAUGAUGAAUCUGCUUUCAUUGCAACACUUUGUUUUAAGAUAGGUGUCACUGCUAUGGGAAAAAUAUAGAGUAAUGUAGCAUUAUGAGGAUGGUUUGGAGGAGGCAGGACCAAAUUGCAAUAGUUGCAAAAAUCAGAUUGACUCUGCAGAAACUUUUUUAUAAAAUUGUCUAAAAUGUUGACCUGGGUCUUUUGAGUUUGGAAGGGGAGAUGAAAAAGUAGAGAAAGGGAUUAAAACAUGUAUUGUAGUAGAUAGCCAGAAUUAAUAGAUUUUUUCAACAAACCAGCCAUAUCCCACCAAGGCAGGGUGACCUGAAAAGAAAAACAAAAGUUUCUCGUUUUAAAUUUAGUAAUUUAUACAGGAGAAGGGGUUAGAAUUAGUAGAUGUGAGCUAAUAAUUAUAGCUUGAUUUGAAGACAUUUGCUGAGUAAAUUUCAGUUGAGAUAGUUGUUGAGUACAGUAGCACACUUCACAUUGCCAACACGUAUAUUUUUUUCUUCUGGUCUGUAUUUUAUGCUUUUAUACAAACUGGAAACAUUUAACUUAAAAAAUUAUUAUUAUACUAUAUUUAUUAUGGUUUUUAAGAUAACUUUUCAUUUAUUAAAUAUAAUGAGUACUACAGACACUUAUAAUGAGUACUACAGACUUGUCGAGUGAUGUAUCUUCAAGUUGAUUUGGUGCUUGUGUAGGGCUCUUGACCAUAGGAGCUACCUUCUCUUUCCUUGGAUCAAACCUAGUUUUCACAUUCCCCAGGUGCUGGGUGACACUUGUUGGUCUGCUGCUUCCCCCAUGAAUAUAAUAGUACAGCAUGUAUCUUCACAUUAUAAAGCUUUCAAAGCACAAGUGUAUUAUUGCUGUAUUCAUAGCAAAGCUGUAGACCAGUAGGGGUUAUAUGGCACCUUAGGAAUGGGAAGCAGUCAGGCUUAUUCCAAGAAAGUAGAGAAUUGCUCCAAUUUCAUGGAUCAAGAGUGCUUUAUUGGUAUCUUUACUAGUAUCUUGAAGGGUAGUAAAAGACUAAAAUUUUCAGAAUGGUGAAAAUAUAUGACUAAAAUUUUCAGAAUGUUGAAAAUAUAUGAAAAAUUAACAAACAUUGGUUUAGUUAUUUAUUUGGUAUAAAUUAGCAGAGUUAAUACACUAGCAUAGCUGGAAGAGCAUCUUGAGUGGGCAUAAGGAAGACUUCUAACUAUGUGAAAAUUUCAAGAAAUAUUGUUUUUUUUUUGAAGCAGUGAAUCCCACAUGGGCAAAACAAAUAAAAUAGAAUGGAAAAGAUCUGUACAUUUUGGGUAUGGUGGAGAACUGACUUGUAAGUUUUGCUGUGUACCAGUAGCAGACCUGACAAGCAGUGAUGUCUAGAUGUCAUAGCAUGUGUGACUCUUGGCAUCUGUAGUACUUGGCUAGUAAAUUUGCACUACAUA